CCUGUGGCGGGGAGGGGGAAGCUUGUAGCAUCCCCAGGGGCAGUGGGGGCCUGGUUUCCCCACAGUGUGGCCCAGGGGAAGCAGGGGUGCGGGGGCGCUGGGAAGGGUCUCAAGGUCGGAGAGCCAGAGCUGCGGGAAGCUUCCCUCCCGCCUCUCCCGCAUCCCCAGCCGAGCCCUGCAGCCUGGCCCCAGGCCAGGAGCAGGCUCAGCAGGUCCCAGGGGUGUGGUGGCGACCAGUGGCGGAGCCAGCCUAGCCUGGCCAGACAGUCCGCGGAGGUAGUACAGUCCAUCAGGAACAGCGGCGUUCACGCGGCGGGAGCCCCGAGAGGCGGUGAGGCCAUGAGCGCUGUGCUGUACUAUGCUCUGCCCGCCCUGGGCAGCUAUGUCCUGCUCUCCGUCUUCUUCCUGCGCCGGCCUCGCCUGCUGCACACACCCUGGGCGCCAGCCUUCCUGCCGCGCCUGGGGGCCCACCGAGCAGGAUCCGGAGAGCGGCUGGAGCACACCUUGGAGGCCAUGGAGAACUCCAUGGCCCAGCGAUCCGACUUCCUGGAGCUCGACUGCCAGCUGACCCGGGAUGGUGUGGUCGUGGUGUCGCACGACGAGAACCUGUCUCGCCAAUCAGGCGUGAAUAGGGACGUGAGCAGCCUGAACUUUGAGGAGCUGCCCCUCUACAAGGAGGAGCUGGAGGUUUACUUCUCACCAGGCCACUUUGCACACGGGACAGACCGGCACAUGAUGAGUCUGGAGGAUGUGUUCCAGAGGUUCCCUCGGUUGCCCAUGAGUGUCGAGAUCAAAUCGGUAAACGAAGAGCUCAUUCACAAGGUCGCGGGCCUGGUGAGGCACUUUGGCCGCAGUGAGAUCACCAUCUGGGCCUCAGAGAAGAGCUCGGUCAUGAGGAAGUGCAGGGCUGCCAACCCCGAGAUGCCGUUUGCCUUCACGAUAAGCCGGGGAUUGUGGCUGGUGCUGGUGUAUUAUCUGGGGUUGCUGCCCUUCGUCCGCAUCCCGGAGAGGUUCUUCAUCUGCUUCCUGCCCAGCAUCAUCAAUAGGACCUACUUCCCAUUUUCCCGCCCUGGGCUGAACAAGCUGGCAGCUGUGGUUUCCAAAUGGUUAAUCAUGAGGAAGAGCCUGAUCCAGCACCUGGAACAGCGGGGAGUGCAGGUGAUCUUUUGGUGCCUUAAUGAAGAGUCGGAUUUUGAAGCAGCCUAUGGCCUGGGGGCCACCGGCGUCAUCACCGAUUACCCCACAGCCCUGAGGCGCUACCUGGACAGCCACAGAGGAGCUGCCCAGACCUCGGAGGCCCGCACCCUCUCCUCUGUGUCUCUUCCCCAAUAAAGGUCGUCUUCAGA